AUGGAAAAACAUAUGACAAGUGGAAUAGAAGAUGUUUGGCAACCAGUACCAGCAUCACGAAGUGCAAGAAAUACAAUAAAUCCUAUUCGACGUAUUGUUGAUCGAAUGAAAAUAACUCCAAAUCCAGCUAAAGAAAUGAUCUCAUUAUCAAUAGGAGAUCCAACACAUUAUGGAAAUAUGCUUCCACCAGUUGAAGCUUUAGAAGCAAUUAUUGAAGCAGUACAAUUACCUACAUGUCAUGGUUAUGCACCAUCAUUUGGUACAUUAGAGGCACGACGAGCAGUUGCUAAAUUUUGGUCUCGGUCGGAUUAUAUAUUAAAACCAGAAGAUGUUAUUUUAACUAGUGGUUGCUCUCAUGCAUUAGAAAUGUGUAUUGAUUGUUUAGCUGAUCCAGGUGACAAUAUUCUUCUUCCUCAACCUGGUUUUUCAUUAUAUACUACAUUAUGUCAAUCAUUAGGUAUUGAAACUCGAUUUUAUGAUUUAUUGCCGGACGAUGAUUGGAAAGUUAAUAUAACUCAUCUUGAAUCAUUAAUUAAUGAUCGAACACGUGCUGUUUUAAUUAAUAAUCCAAGUAAUCCAUGUGGAGCUGUUUAUCCAGAAGAACAUUUACGAAAACUUAUAGAAAUUUGUGAAAAACAUCAUUUACCAAUAAUUGCUGAUGAAAUUUAUGCAGAUAUGGUUUUUUCGAAUCAUAAAUUUUAUUUUAUGGGUAUACUUUCCGAAAAUGUACCCGUACUUUCUUGUGGCGGCUUAUCAAAACGUUUUAUAUGUCCAGGAUGGCGUGUAGGUUGGAUUGUUAUUCAUGACAGACACAAUCUUUUUAAAGAUACAAUUAAACCAGGUCUUGCUGAUUUAUCAAGUCGUAUUCUUGGUCCAAAUUCAGUUACACAAGCAGCACUGACACACAUUCUUUUUGAAACGCCUGAUUCUUAUUAUGAUGAUAUUCUUAAUCAACUUCAAAACAACGCGGAAUAUGUUUAUCGUUCGCUUUUAGAAGCACCUGGUCUUCAACCAACAAUGCCUCAAGGUGCUAUGUAUAUGCUUAUUCGUAUAAAUCCAUCGGAGUUUCAUGAUAUCGCGGAUGAUAAAGAUUUUUUUAUGAAACUAAUUUGUGAAGAAUCAAUUUCAUGUCUUCCUGCAUCUGUAUUUGGUAUUGAUAAUUUCUUUCGUAUUGUACUUUCAACACCAAUGGAGAAGACGGAGGAAGCAUGUCAACGAAUUAUUGAAUUUUGUCAACGACAUGCAAAAAGUGUUUCUUGA